AUGGUUAUUUCUUUGAACUCAUGCCUGGGCUUUAUCUGUAUACUGUUAUGCCACUGGAUCAGGACAGCAUCAUCUCUGAACCUUGAAGACCCUAAUGUGUGUAGCCACUGGGAAAGCUACUCCGUGACUGUGCAAGAGUCAUACCCACAUCCCUUUGAUCAAAUUUACUACACUAGCUGCACUGACAUUCUGAACUGGUUUAAAUGCACGCGGCACAGAAUCAGUUAUCGGACAGCCUAUCGACAUGGAGAAAAAACUAUGUAUAGGCGCAAAUCCCAGUGUUGUCCUGGAUUUUAUGAGAGCAGGGAAAUGUGUGUCCCCCAUUGUGCUGAUAAAUGUGUCCAUGGUCGCUGCAUUGCUCCAAACACCUGUCAGUGUGAGCCUGGCUGGGGUGGGACCAACUGCUCCAGUGCCUGCGACGGUGAUCACUGGGGGCCUCACUGCAGCAGCCGGUGCCAGUGUAAAAACGGGGCUCUGUGCAACCCCAUCACGGGGGCUUGCCACUGCGCUGCGGGCUUCCGGGGCUGGCGCUGCGAGGAGCGCUGUGAGCAGGGCACGUAUGGUAACGACUGUCACCAGAGAUGCCAGUGCCAGAACGGAGCUACCUGCGAUCACGUCACGGGGGAGUGCCGCUGCCCACCCGGCUACACUGGAGCCUUCUGUGAGGAUCUUUGUCCCCCUGGCAAGCACGGGCCACAGUGUGAGCAGCGAUGCCCCUGCCAAAAUGGAGGUGUAUGUCAUCACGUCACUGGAGAAUGCUCGUGUCCUUCUGGCUGGCUGGGCACAGUGUGUGGUCAGCCUUGCCCCGAGGGUCGCUUUGGAAAGAACUGUUCACAAGAAUGUCAGUGCCAUAAUGGAGGGACGUGUGAUGCCACCACGGGCCAAUGUCACUGCAGUCCCGGAUACACGGGGGAACGGUGCCAGGAUGAGUGUCCCGUUGGCACCUACGGAGUUCGCUGUGCAGAGACCUGCCAAUGUGUCAAUGGAGGGAAGUGUUACCAUGUGAGCGGCUCCUGCCUCUGCGAAGCAGGCUUUGCUGGCGACCGCUGUGAGGCGCGCCUGUGUCCAGAAGGGCUCUACGGCAUCAAAUGUGACAAGUGGUGUCCCUGCCACCUGGACAACACUCAUAGCUGUCACCCCAUGUCUGGAGAGUGUGCCUGCAAGCCAGGCUGGUCAGGACUCUACUGUAAUGAGACAUGUUCUCCUGGAUUCUACGGGGAAGCUUGCCAACAGAUCUGCAGCUGCCAAAACGGGGCUGACUGUGACAGUGUGACAGGAAAGUGCACCUGUGCCCCAGGAUUCAAAGGAAUUGACUGCUCUACCCCAUGCCCUCUGGGAACCUACGGGAUAAAUUGUUCCUCUCUCUGCGGCUGUAAAAACGAUGCUGUCUGCUCUCCUGUGGACGGCUCUUGUACUUGCAAAGCAGGCUGGCACGGGGUGGACUGCUCCAUCAGCUGUCCCAGUGGCACAUGGGGCUUUGGCUGUAACUUAACAUGCCAGUGCCUCAACGGCGGAGCCUGCAACACCCUGGAUGGGACCUGCACCUGUGCACCUGGAUGGCGCGGGGAGAAAUGUGAAUUUCCCUGCCAGGAUGGCACGUAUGGGCUGAACUGUGCCGAGCGCUGUGACUGCAGCCAUGCGGAUGGCUGCCACCCCACCACGGGCCAUUGCCGCUGCCUCCCCGGAUGGUCAGGUGUCCACUGUGACAGCGUGUGCGCUGAGGGACGCUGGGGCCCCAACUGCUCCCUGCCCUGCUACUGUAAAAACGGGGCUUCGUGCUCCCCUGACGACGGCAUCUGUGAGUGUGCGCCAGGGUUCCGAGGCACCACUUGUCAGAGAAUCUGCUCCCCUGGUUUUUAUGGGCAUCGCUGCAGCCAGACGUGUCCACAGUGUGUGCACAGCAGUGGGCCCUGCCACCACAUCACAGGCCUGUGUGACUGCUUGCCUGGCUUCACAGGCGCCCUCUGCAAUGAAGUGUGUCCCAGUGGCAGAUUUGGGAAAAACUGUGCAGGAAUUUGCACCUGUACCAACAAUGGAACCUGUAACCCCAUUGACAGAUCUUGUCAGUGUUACCCAGGUUGGAUCGGCAGUGACUGCUCUCAACCUUGCCCACCUGCGCACUGGGGUCCCAACUGCAUCCACACGUGCAACUGCCACAACGGGGCCUUCUGCAGCGCCUACGACGGGGAAUGCAAAUGUACUCCGGGCUGGACGGGGCUCUACUGCACUCAGAGAUGUCCCCUGGGCUUCUAUGGAAAGGACUGUGCGUUGAUAUGCCGGUGUCAAAACGGAGCCGACUGCGACCACAUCUCCGGACAGUGUACUUGCCGCACCGGGUUCAUGGGGAAGCGGUGUGAGCAGAAGUGCCCUGCAGGAACAUAUGGCUAUGGCUGUCGCCAGAUAUGUGACUGUCUGAACAACUCCACCUGUGACCACAUCACCGGGACCUGUUACUGCAGCCCAGGAUGGAAGGGGGCACGAUGUGAUCAAGCUGGUGUUAUAAUAGUCGGAAAUCUGAACAGCUUAAGCAGAACCAGUACAGCUCUCCCCACUGAUUCCUACCAGAUCGGGGCCAUCGCGGGCAUCAUCAUUCUUGUCCUAGUUGUUCUGUUCCUCCUGGCGUUGUUCAUUAUUUAUAGACACAAGCAGAAGGGGAAGGAAUCGAGCAUGCCAGCAGUCACCUACACCCCCGCUAUGAGGGUCAUGAAUGCAGACUAUGCCAUUUCAGAAACCCUUCCUCACAGCAAUGGUGGAAAUGCUAACAGCCAUUACUUCACCAAUCCCAGUUACCACACACUCACCCAGUGUGCCACAUCCCCUCACGUCAACAACAGGGACAGGAUGACCAUCGCAAAGUCAAAAAACAAUCAGCUGUUUGUGAACCUGAAAAAUGUGAAUCCUGGGAAGAGGGGCCCUGUGGUGGACUACACAGGCACGCUGCCUGCGGACUGGAAACACGGGGGCUACCUCAACGAGCUUGGUGCUUUUGGACUUGACAGAAGUUAUAUGGGAAAAUCCUUGAAAGACCUGGGAAAGCAUUCUGAAUAUAAUUCAAGUAACUGCUCCCUAAGCAGUUCUGAAAACCCAUAUGCCACUAUUAAAGACCCACCCAUCCUUAUUCCCAAACACUCAGAGUGUGGUUAUGUGGAGAUGAAGUCACCGGCGCGGAGAGAUUCCCCAUAUGCAGAGAUCAAUAACUCAACUUCAGCCCACAAGAAUGUCUAUGAAGUUGAACCUACAGUGAGUGUUGUCCAAGGAAUAUUCAGCAAUAAUGGGCAUCUCACCCAGGAUCCAUAUGACCUCCCAAAGAACAGUCACAUCCCUUGCCAUUAUGACCUGCUGCCAGUCCGAGACAGUUCAUCCUCCCCCAAGCAAGAGGAUGGCGGCGGCAGCAGCAGCAGCAGCAGCAGUGAAUGA